CGUCUGCUUACAACAAGAACAAGCAAACGCAAGUACACAUCAAUAAAUCCGGGCCUCUGCGCUCCGUCGUGCCCCGGGCCGCCCUUGCCCUGCCCCGAGGCUGGGCAGGGCUGGAGUUUACAGUUCAUUUCAUACUUUUGAGGAUGACAGUUCUUCCAGCAGCUGACGCACCGAUCCCCAUCUUCACCACCCUGAAAGAAGUGUAUGGCAGUCUUGCGACAGCAGCCAAACACGCAGAACGCUGGGACCAGCUUGUCAGAGAAUUCGAGACCAAGUUCGGGCAUAAACCUACCUAUGUCGCCCGAGCCCCAGGCCGGGUCAACCUCAUUGGUGAACACAUAGAUUACGCGGACUUUGGCGUUUUGCCAGCUGCUAUAGAGCAUGAUAUUCUCAUUGCUUGUGCUCCGCGGCCAGCGUCUACCGUUGCCGCGCAUCCCGACGGGCAUGCGCCAGGCUCUGUCGUAGCUGAGAACCUUCAUACUCGUUACACACGUCAGGUCUUCAUGCCGACUCGCCGUCACACGCUUGGAGACGACGUUCCCCUUGACGCUGUGCGUGUCGCCCCCUGGCAUUUGGAUAUCGAUAAAAGCGAGUUACGAUGGGAGAGUUAUGUCAAGGCGGGAUAUUAUGGCGUUCUGAAUCAUUUCUUCUCUCCAUCAUCCGUAUCGUCCGUUCCUGUUCCUGUUGAUAUUCUCGUCACUGGAAAUGUUCCCCCUGGCUCCGGUCUCUCAAGCAGCGCAGCCAUGGUCGUCUCGAGUACACUGGCAUUUUUGGCAGCCAACGGUAUUUUUGACGGGGAAAAGGCCCCAACCAAGCCAACCAAGGGUGAGCUAGUAAAUAUUGCGAUGGAGAAUGAGAGACGAGUUGGGGUGAACAGUGGAGGGAUGGACCAAUCAGCUUCCGUGAUCGCCCUUCCUGGCAGUGCACUAUAUGUUUCUUUCGUGCCUUCCCUUCAUGCGGAGCCAAUCGGACUUCCGCGCGAUGCCGUGUUUGUCUGUGCUAAUAGCCUAGUCGUCUCCAACAAAGCGGAAAGCGCCAAACACCAAUACAACCUCCGUGUUGCGGAGACCCUUGCAGCCGCCCGCCUCCUCUCCCAUCGUCUUAAUCUCCAAGUCGAUUCCACAGACGGCGACAACACGAAGCGGCGUCUCGUGACCCUACGUGAAGUCCUCGCUCGGAAGAGUGGCUUCUAUCAAGAUGAGCAAGAUGCGCAGUUGGAAGAUCUUGGGCAGCUCCGGAAAGGAUUGGUGGACGUAUUGGGGAUUGCUAUGGACUAUUUGUUGCCAGAGUUUGGCAAUAGAACAGAUAUUUCUCUAGAUGAGAUGAUUAACAAGAGUGGGAUGGAUGAGGCAGAAUUUAGGGAGGUGUAUCUUUCGGGGGUGGACGCGGAAACAACUAAGUUCGAACUGUAUCUCCGUGCUCAGCAUGUUCUUGAAGAGGCGCUCAAAGUGCUCAAAUUUAGGGAGGUCUGCUUAGCUGGAGGAGGCAACGAAGAAUCCAAGCUCCAGACCCUCGGUAAGCUUAUGAACGACUCGCACGACAGCUGCCACAGGCAAUUCGACUGCUCGCAUCCGAAAGUGAACGAUCUCGUCCGUGUCGCGCGGAGCUUUAGGGAAGUGGAGACAGGACGGGGGAAGGGGAGAAUAUAUGGGAGUCGCAUGACUGGUGCUGGGUGGGGCGGCUGCACCGUUUCUCUCGUACAUCGAGAAGAUGUGGAGGCGUUUAUCAAGCAUGUGAAGAAGAAAUAUGCGUCAUAUGAGGGUAUGAGCGAGGAGGACCUCGCGAGUUGUGUAUUUGCAACGGAGCCGGGGAUGGGCGCGUGUGUGUACAAGUUCACAAAUUGACCACCAGACUGGAAAUUUUUUGCUCUGUCAUUCGCUGGUUCUUGCAAUGCAUAUCAGCGUCGUUUUCGUGCAAUUUCUGAAGUGGUGCGACUAUAGUUAAGGAUACACAAUAAUCAACGGAAAUAUCACAUGCGAGAA